AUGUGGAGGAAGAAGAACGAGCUAUUUGUGCCUCGUUGGUUUGAAGGAAAUGCCACUUCACAUAGAUUUGAAUCAACCUCCCUCUCCAUUGAUGGAGAUGAAGACCAUGACAACCAUGUAUUUUUACAGUUAGAAGAUGAGGACGAUAACUUGGACACUGAGUUCUCCAUGGAUGAAAUACAUGCUAUCACCAGUAUUGGAGACGCUGUGGUUGAACAAGAAGGAGAACCAACUACAAAACGAGCAUGGUUAAAUAAUGAACAACGAACAGUCAUUGGUCAAAUGCUCCUUCAUUCAAGUAGAGGAGGAAAACUUGAACCAGGCAUUGUAAAAUGGAUGGCUUCAUUAUAUUCUGUCUCUAUACAUGUCAUUUAUCGCAUUUGGAAUCGAGUGAAGGAAACAGGUGAUGCAUGUCAUAAGAGAACACAAAACUGUGGAAGGAAGAGAGUCCAAGUAGACAUUGCUACGGUUCGUGAAGUUCCAUUAUCAAAGCGACAAACCAUUCGAUCUCUAGCACAUGCUUUGAAUAUUAGCACAACAGCUUUGAUUAAGUUUAUUAAGGAAGGAGAACUUCGGCGACAUUCAAAUACACUCAAGCCGUUAUUGAAGGAGGGGAACAUGAUUUGUCGUCUUAGAUUUUGCUUGUCUAUGCUUGAAGAAAGUAGCAUUUAUGAUGAUCCCAGGUUUAAAUCCAUGUAUAAUGUUGUUCAUAUAGAUGAAAAAUGGUUUCAAGUGACUCAAGAAUGCACAAACUUCUAUCUACACAAAAAUGAGGAUCAGCUACACCGUACAUGCAAAAACAAAAACUACAUUGAGAAGGUUAUGUUUCUAGCUGCAGUGGCACGACCAAGGUUUGAUGAAGCAGGCAACCAAAUAUUUUCAGGAAAGAUAGGUGUGUUUCCGUUAGUUACUAAAGUUCCAGCAAGAAGGACAAGCGUCAAUAGAGUAACAGGGACACUGGAAAUGAAACCAAUUACUUCUGUCACCAAAGAAGAUAAUGCCCCAUGUCAUGUUGCCGUAGAUGAUGAAGAAUUCUGCAGAGCAGCUUUAGAAGGGGGGUUCGAUAUUCGCUUAACUUGUCAGCCUCCUAAUUCUCCUAAUUUGAACGUGUUGGAUUUAGGUUAUUUUAGAGCCAUUCAAUCUCUCCAACAAAAAGAAGCGACUAGAUCAAUUGAUGAGUUGAUUGAGGUUGUUGGGAGAUCAUUUGAUGCUUUCCCAACAAAAAAAUUGAAUAAAAUAUUUCUCACACUCCAGGCAUGUAUGAUUGAGGUCAUGAAGUUGAAAGGAUCAAAUGACUAUGGAAUGCCUCACUUGGGAAAGGAUGUGAUGCUUAAUCAUGGCGGGCUACCCAUAACACUACAAUGUGAUCGUGCCCUGGUUCAUGAAGUGCAAGAGUACUUACAAAAUCUAGCUACAUGA